CUUAUGUUUCUUAGCUAAACCUUUUGUGCACUGCAACUUUUUUUUUUUUUUCAUGGAUGACGAUGAGUAUUCAUCAUCUACAUCUACCCUCAGAUCUUGUUGCGAUGAUUAUCUGCCGCAUUACGCUUUCAGCGGUAAACUCAUGUUUAUCUCUGUUCUCCUUUUCUUCUUCGUCUGUCUUUUCAUCGCCUUCUUUCACUUAUACGCUAAUCGAUUCCUCCUCCGCCGUGAUCGCCACCACAACCGCCGUCGUUACCGUCACCAGAUUCCGGCUUCACCCAUCCCGGCGGUUUCUUCUCAAGGGCUCGGCCCUUCGUUACUAAAAUCACUCCCUGUUUUCGUUUACGAUGCGGAAUUUUACAAUCCUCCAAUCGAAUGUCCUGUGUGCUUGGCGGAAUUCGAAAAUGGAGAAACGGGUCGGGUUUUGCCUAAAUGUAAUCAUUGUUUUCACUGUGAGUGUAUUGAUAUGUGGUUUCAGUCUCAUUGUAGCUGCCCGAUUUGCCGAGCCCCAAUUCAACAAUUGGUGAAACAGAUUGAAGUAACUGAAAAUAAUCAGAGUGAAUUAGAAAGAGAAGAUGUUGUAAUAAUGGUGGAUGAAUCUAUAAUCGAAGAAAUACAGAAUCGUGAAUUAUCUUCUUCUGAAUCGUCGCAGUCUGACGAUGGCAAAAAAUCCAUGGGCACGAUAGUUAUUGUUGCGAGUUAACUCAAUUAAUAAAAAUUGGGCAUAUGAAAGUCAUUUCUUUAACAAAAAAGUACUUCAAUUUUCUUUUUUGUUGUUGUUUCUACUGCUAUUUUCCAAUUCCAUUGCUAAGUCCAUUAAAGG